AUGAUGAAAAGGGGCAAAAGAUAAUAUAGGUAGAAGAGAGGGAUAUGGCCUAUGGGGGUGUUUGCAAGUAGAGUAGAGGCGGCCGGCGUCGCUGUGUGCUGUGGUGGGUGUGAUGGAUGAGUAGAAUAGUUACUACUUUUAGUAGAGAGACAAUCAUCAGCUAUCAAUCAUCAAUCUCGUCAAUCGUCAAUCGUCAAUCAUCACUUGUCAAUCGGCAAUUGUCAAUCAUCUAUCACAAAUCUAUGGAGUUGCAGAUGAUUAAGGUAGCGCAGGCCGUCCACGUCCUCAAUCACGAUACCCAAUCCUGUAAUCGCUUCGCUGCCAAUCAAUGGCUCGUCCAGUUCCAGCAAUCCGAUGCUGCUUGGGAUAUCGCCACUUCCAUUCUCACCUCCUCCGAUCACCACCACCUUUCAGAUUACGAGGUCGAGUUUUUCGCCGCCCAGAUUCUCAAGCGAAAGAUUCAAAAUGAAGGAUACAAUUUACAUUUAGGAGCAAAAGAUGCUCUCCUCAAUGCUCUUCUUCUGGCUGCUCAAAGAUUUAGUUCAGGCCAUCCUCAGCUAUUAACCCAAAUAUGUCUCGCAAUCUCUACACUUGUACUUCAUGCCGUAGAGCAUGUAAAGCCCAUCGAGAAGCUCUUCUACAGCUUGCAGAGUUUACGUUUCCAAAAUAAUGGAAACACUGCUGUCUUAGAGAUGUUAACGGUGUUGCCUGAAAUUAUUGAGGAUCAAAAUAGUGAUUGCCAUAUAACUUCUGCUCGGCGUUACGACUAUGGGCAAGAGCUUCUUGCACAUACUCCUAUGGUACUUGAGUUUCUGAUGCAGCAAAUCGACGAGGGCUUUGAAAGCCUUAUUCAACACCAUGAUAGGAGCAGAAAGAUAUUGCGUUGCUUGCUAAGUUGGGUUCGAGCUGGGUGUUUUUCGGAGAUUCCUCCAGGCUCUUUGCCUUCCCACCCACUCUUUAACUUUGUUUUCAGCUCAUUGCAGGUUGCAUCUUCAUUUGAUCUGGCUGUUGAAGCUCUUGUUGAGCUUGUGAGUCGACAUGAGGGACUGUCACAGGUUUUACUAUGCCGAAUUGGACUUCUCAAGGAAGCACUUCUUUUUCCUGCUCUUAAAAGUGGAGAUGAGAAAGUGAUAGGUGGACUUGCAUGCUUGUUGUCGGAAAUUGGUCAAGCUAUACCCUUUCUGAUAAUGGAAGCAAACCCAGAUGCACUUGCAUUGGCUGAUGGUCUCUUGAGUUGUAUAAGAUUUCCGAGUGAGGAUUGGGAAAUUGCAGACUCGACUUUACAGUUUUGGUGUAGCCUUGCUGGUUACAUUCUUGGGCUUGAAGUGGAUGAUGCUGAAAAUAGGAAGAACUUGGAGGAAUGCUUUGUUCCUAUUUUCUCAGCUUUGGUCGAUGCUCUUUUGUUGCGUGUUAAGGUUGAUGAUUCCACAUAUAAUGACAAUGGAUGUAUCCUUGACCUGCCUAAUGGCCUCGAACAAUUUAGGAUGAAUUUGGUGGAACUCUUGGUGGAUACUUGUCAGCUAUUAGGGUCUGCUUUAUUUAUUCAGAAGAUCUUUCUUGGGAGUUGGAUGUCUUCCAGCAUGCAUAUUGCAUGGAAAGACGUUGAAGCCAAAUUAUUCAUGCUUAAUGCUGUUGCUGAAGUUGUUCUUAAGGAGGGGCAUCAUUUUGAUAUCACCAUUAUUAUGCAAUUGGUGAUGAUUUUGUCGAGCAAGGCAUCUGCUGAUCUCAGGGGAUUUACAUGCAUUGUAUACAAAUCACUUGCAGAUGUCAUCGGUUCCUAUGCUAAGUGGAUGUCGGCCCCUCAAACGAACACUAGACCAUUGAUAUUAUUUUUCGGUACUGGGAUUCGUCAACCAUUUUGUUCGAGUGCUUGUGCUGUUGCAUUUCGCAAAUUCUGUGAGGAAGCUGCUGAAAUUUUGCACGGACUUUCCAAUUUGGAAAUCUUAAUUUGGAUGGGGGAGGGGUUGGAAGAGAGGAAGUUGCCCUUGGAGGAUGAGGAUGAAGUAGUUGGUGCCAUCACACUGAUAUUUUGCUCUAUCCCUGACAAGAAGCUGAUGUAUAACUUGUUUGUUAGAUUCCUUUCUCCAUCUUAUGAGACUAUUGAGAAACUUAUUGAGGAAGAUAAUGUACAUGCUUUGAGGCAAAACCCGUCUACUUAUAUUGAAUCAAUCAGCUCAGCAGGAAGAGGACUACAUAGGAUUGGAACUGUAUUCAGUUAUCUAACAACCCAUUUAUCUCAUGCUCUCGGUCCCGAUGAGUCUAUCCUUGAAUUACUUGACGUCUUUUGGCCAAUGUUGGAGAAGCUCUUUUUGUCCAAACAUAUUGAAAGUGCGAGCUUGUCUACGGCUGCUUGCAGAGCUCUUGCACUAGCAAUACAGGCAUCAGGUCAAAAAUUUGGGAUACUAUUGCCAAAGGUGCUCGACUCUAUGUCAUCCAAUUUUAUAUCAUUCCAAAGUCAUGAGUGCUACAUUAGAACAGCUUCUGUCAUUGUUGAAGAAUUUGGCAGUAAGGAGGAAUAUGGACCUCUAUUUAUCAGAACGUUUGAAAGAUUUACUUCUUCAACAUCAGUAAUGGCUCUUACAUCUUCAUAUAUCUGCGACCAAGAGCCUGAUCUGGUUGAGGCCUACACAAAUUUUGCAUCUGCAUAUGUGCGCAGUUGUCCAAAGGAAGUAUUAGCUGCCUCUGGUUCUCUUUUUCAAGUAUCGUUGCAGAAAGCAGGGAUUUGUUGUACAGCUUUGCAUCGUGGUGCAGCUUUAUCAGCAAUGUCAUAUAUGAUCUGCUUCUUCGAGGUUGGCGUUGCUUUUUUGGUGGAACCUGAGGCUUCUACUCCUGGAAGAUCCAUUCAAGAUAUGGUGAUAAGGGUCAUAUCUCUCAGUUCCGAGGGUAUAAUAUCGAAUCUGGUGUAUGCUCUACUUGGUGUCUCUGCAAUGUCAAGGGUUCACAAAGCGGCGACUAUACUCCAACAAUUGGGUGCAGUAUGCAGUUUAAGUGAAAGAAGAGAGUGGAAAACUGUUGUUUGCUGGGAAAUUUUACACCGAUGGCUGUACGCUGCUUUGCAGACGCUGCCUGCUGAGUACCUAAAAGCGGGUGAAGUAGAAUCGUUAGUGCCAAUUUGGGUGAAGGCUGUUGUUGGUGCAGCAUCAGAAUAUCUUGAGAGCAGAAGACAAUGUGGAGGAGAAACGAAUAAUCGUGGAGGACAUAUGCAAGGGGAGGGUGGAAGACUUUUAAAACGUUUGCUGAGAGAAUUUGCCGAUAACCAUCGUAAUAUUCCAAAUUUGGUUUAUUGCAAUUAGACUGCAGCAGCUUGGUGGUGUGUUGCAAUGUAUGACAUAAAAGCAGCAGCGUGCAGCUGAGACAAUGCUAUAAAAGUAUAGAGCAUCCAAUCUGAGGGAGAGCACGCUAGCAGCGUGCUAGUAAUUUGUUAAUAAUAUCCUGUAAAUUCAGCAAUUUUGUCACUCAAGGAGGAAGAUGAAUCAAAUUCAAAGGCUUAUUAAUUUAAAUUUGACAGAAGAAGAGUGUUGCUUGCAAGUGAGAUAUAUUGUGCUCUGCCCGCAAUGUUGGAUUUAAGGACUCAGGGCAGCAGCAGCAGCAGAGUCCAAUGAAUUGGUCUUGAAAUUGUAAUUUAUUUUGUAGUUGUUGCGGUUGCUAUAACUGGCUUGCCUGUCUAAUCAUAUUUAACUGCUUUUAAUUAAUAAAAAUAAAUUAUUGUUAUUGA